AAAGCCUCUGGCGAUGACUCAGGGGGAGGUGCGAGGAGUUUGAACCAGCCGCCCCGUGGUGCAGGGCCACAUUCGCAGUGUGACCUGUACGCGCCGGGCAGAGCGAGAGGGGGACAGCGUUUUGUUAUCUCCCACUCAGAAAAUCCAUCCCGAGGUGAGCCUGGGACUGCAGGACUCCGGAGGAAAUUCAGGAGGAAAUUCAACUGUAUCAGCCUUGGAGGAGCGAACCAGUGCUGCCAGCUACUACCGCCGACUGCCACAUCAGCAAGGACUAAACUUGGCCAGAGGAGCUUCUGAUCAAGAAAUCAGAUUUUCUAGGGGCUGGAAAAGUCAAUAUGUUGGAUCAGAUUCAUCUGCUGGCUGCUGUGACAGUCCUGGGGGUCCUGGAGCAAGCCUACUUCUUCCUCCAGGUGAUCUAUGCCAGGAGGAGGUUUGGCAUCUCUCCUCCAAAGACCUCAGGCCCACCUGAAUUUGAGAGGAUCUUUCGGGCACAGGUGAACUGCUCCGAAUAUUUUCCCAUUUUCCUGGCACUUCUGUGGCAGGCUGGACUCUUCUUCCAUCAAGGUCUGGCUGCAGCCUUGGGUCUACUCUACCUCUACGCCCGCUACUGCUACUUCAUGGGAUACAGGGCAUCGUCCUCAGAAAGUGUCAGCCCUGGGCAUCUUGCAUUUCUUCCUCUCUCACUAUAUGGGGCUGAACAUCCUCCAGCUUCUCCCAGCGUGACCUGCUUCUCUGUCCCUCAUCGGUGUCCUUGCCUUCGAGUCCUGCUCCCUCCUGCCCGUGAGAACAGACUUGGCUGUACCUCAUACAGCACAAGCAACAAAUCCACCCUCACCUGGGUUGUUAACGCCUCCCUCCCCACAGCCCAGCACCGGCACAGACUGCUGAGCUCCUCAGGAGGUAUCUGACCCCCACAGCACCCGUUGUGCCAAGUGCUCCAUAUCUGCUAGCUCCGUCACGCCUGAUGAAGAAGCAACACUCCAAAACAAGGAGAAUUUUAGGAAAACUGGACACAUAAAGGGAAACUCAUCUCAGCCUGAGGUUCCCAGGGGCCACCCCAGGAAAACGUGUUCUCCUUCCUCUAGCGGCUCUGCCUUCAGCCCAGACACCAA